AUGUUAUUUAAAAUUUCAGUUUACCUGACGAUCGUUACCUGUGUUUAGUUCGAAUAUUAUACUUAUACUGAGUUACACCGUUCUAUCGUAUGUCCUUUACAUACGUAUAUAAAGUGAGUGUUUACGCGUUUUCGGUUCAAUCAUAUUCAGUCGACUAUAGGUACUUGUAUAAUAUGCAUGAAUACUUCAGACACAUAAACUGAAAAACUUCGCAAAACAAUGUUUGUUUAUUUGACGGUUAUCACUACGUUGUAUUUGAGCUGGUCUGACGGAGUUUCGUCGCUGACGUUUCAGCGCGAUUACGGUCCGACGCUGUUCGCGGGCGCCAGCAACGUAACGUUCGACUUCGUAGUGGUGGGCGCCGGUAGUGCCGGCGCCACACUGGCGGCCCGCCUCAGCGAGAUAAGCGAAUGGAACGUGCUGCUACUGGAGGCGGGCGGUGACCCUCCGGAGUACACGGAGGUGCCGCUCAGGUACGGCGAGGCGUUGACGAGCGACGUCGACUGGACGUUCAUCACCGAACCCGAACCGCGCCUGUUCGCCGGCCUGGAACGGGGCCGUGGCCUGAUAUCCAGGGGCCUGAUGCUGGGCGGGUCGUCGUCCAUGAACGCCAUGAUGUACUUGCGGGGCACCAGGCGCGACUUCGACGAGUGGGAGCGGCUGGGCAACGCGGGCUGGGGGUUCGGCGACGUGCUGCCGUACUUCGUCAAGUCCGAGAACUUCACGGGCGGCCGGCGGCGGGACGCGGUGCCGCACGGCCGCGGCGGCCCGCUCACCGUCAGCCCGCUGGUCUCCAUCGACCCGGCGUACUCGUCCAUCGCGGACGGCAACCGGUUGCUCCGGUUGGCCGAACUGGACGACACGAACCGGUUCGCGCCGCCGGCCGUCGGUUACGGGCCGAUGGACUUCACGGUGCGCGACGGCCUGAGGUGUAGCACGCUCAAAGCGUUCCUGUUGCCGGCCGGCGAACGGCCCAAUCUGUUCGUGGCGAAAAACGCCAGGGUGACGCGGGUGCUGAUGCAGUCGUCCGCGGACGGAGGAAACGGCACCAGCAGGGCGGUGGGCGUCGAGUACGUCGCGCCGUCGGGCCGAGCGGGACGCGUGUACGUGACCCGCGAGGUGAUUCUGUCCGCGGGCGUGAUCAUGAGCCCUCAGAUCCUGAUGGUGUCGGGCGUGGGGCCGGCGAAACACUUGCGCCAACACGGAAUCCGGGUGGUCAGCGACUUGCCGGUGGGCUACAACUACCAGGACCACGUUUCGUUCGCCGGACUGGUGUUCAGCGACCGGAAGAACAGAUCCCGUGCGGACGUGGCCCGCGAGAGCGCCGACCUGGUCCGGGCCACUUUCGACCUGGUGUCCAGAGGCGUGGGCACGUUGGGCCUGACGAACCUCGUGAGCUUCGUCGACACGGCGGACAAGGGACGCGCCGACGUGCAGGUCGUGUUGAGGUUUCCGUACAACAGCACGAGGAACACGCCGAACGGACGGAACAAGCUGUCGAACUUGUUCGGGUACUCGGACCGGGUGGCGACGCUGUUCGACGAUCUGAACAUGCUGAGCGACUCCAUACACGCGAUACCGAUCAACGUCGACGGCCGGAGCACCGGGCGAGUGGCCCUGCGGUCGGCCGACCCGUUGGAUCGCCCGAAGAUCCACACCAAUUACUUGUCGCACGACGACGAGAUCCGGACGCUGCUUCGCGGCAUCGAUUUCGUCGUGCAACUGUCGAAAACCAAACCGAUGGUGGACGCGGGACUGGAACUGGAACCGGUCGCGUAUCCGGACUGCGCGGCCCACGCCUGGGGAACCAGGGACUAUUGGCUGUGCGCUAUCCGCAACGUUGCCACGUCGUUCUAUCAUCCGGUGGGCACGUGCCGGAUGGGCCCGACCUGCGAUCGUCGGUCCGUCGUCGACACCGCGCUGAACGUGAUAGGCGUGCGCGGUCUCAGGGUGAUCGACAGUUCGAUAAUGCCCAAAGUCGUUUCGGUGAACACGAACGCCGCGACCAUAAUGAUCGCCGAAAAGGGAUCGGACAUUAUAAAAAGAUGUUACGGCAAGCUCGCGUAGUGUACAAAAUCAAUACAUAAUGAGAUGUAGAAUUAUGCAUAUUAUUAUAUAUUAGACACCGUAUUUAUCUGUCCCAGGCACGUAUACAAAAAAAAAUUUCGAGGAGAGGAGGGGUUCAUAAAAAAAUUUACAACAAUCAAUAUUUAUUGAUGAAUGAUGAUAUAAAUAAACUACUCAACUAUUAAUUUUCGGGGGGGGGGGGGUGAGCCCCUCAACUCCCUCUGUAUACGAGCCUGGUCUAUCCUGCAGAUCAUCUUAAGUUGUAAUAAUAAUUUAAUACGAUAUUGUAAUUUAAGCUGUUAUAAUUAUCCGACUUCGAUUUAAAUGCAAUCUAUCUUUUUAUCGAAUUCCGUUUUUCUUUAGUUGAAGUGUAUAGUACGAACACAUUUAUAACGAUUAACUUUAUGAUUUUUCAUCAUGUGUAAAAAUCGUAAUAAAUCUAACGAAUAUUUAAAAGCUGACGAUGUUGACGUACAUCAGAUAUGGUUAAGACUUAAUGUGUUAAUAUCAAAACUAUAUCCAAAAUUAAGUGAGCACAUAAUAAUAAUUGCAAACUAUAAUUAUUGUAAUUGUGCUUUUAAGAAUGUAUUUGAAUAUUUCUUUUUGUUUUUGUUUUUAAUAUACUUGUGAAAAAUUGUA